UUAGUUCGGAUCGCGACGUUGACUGGGAAGGAAGUGUUUGAUUAACCCAGUAGGCCGCAAGAAAGAAAGAUGGACAACGGAAAUACGGUCGAAGGCGAAAGUAACGGAUCUGCUGUGACGGCGGAGAUCACCGGGAAGGAGAAUGGUGCGGUAGAGCAGGAGUUCGGACCACAGGAAGGCUACCGGAUUAUCAAGAACAUUGCGAUUUUGGGCUUUGCGUUUAUGAUUCAUUUCACCGCAUUCCACGGGACGUCCAAUCUGCAAAGCUCGGUUCACAGCGAUGGCUCUUUGGGGGCGUUCACGCUAGCGUCUAUAUACGGAUCGUUGAUUUUGUCAAACAUCUUUCUACCGGUUAUGGUGAUCAGGUGGCUUGGAUGCAAGUGGACCAUCGUGGUGUCGUUCAUCGCCUAUAUGCCCUACAUAGCAGCGCAGUUCUAUCCACGAUUCUACACGCUGAUUCCAGCUGGUUUGGCCGUGGGUUUUGGCGGGGGACCGCUGUGGUGCGCCAAGUGUACUUAUCUGUCGGUGAUUGCGGAGGCGUUCAGCAUCAUCAAGAAGCGGAAAGUGAAAGCCGACUAUCUGAUUGUGAAGUUCUUCGGGCUGUUUUUCGUGUUCUACCAGUUGGCUCAGGUGCUGGGGAAUUUGAUCUCCUUUUCGGUGCUCUCCUAUGGCGAAGAUGACAGCCCACAAAACGUCACAGCCUACCCUGUUAACAUAUCGGAAACGUGCGGCGCCAACUAUGUUGCUCCCGUCGACCGUCAGCUGCAGAACGACACAAAUGCGAACCUCCACCGACCGGACGCUGCCAAGCUUAACGCACUGACGGGGAUUUUCCUCGCGUGCAUGGCCGCUGCCAGCCUUUCCGUGGCAUUGGGCGUCGACUCACUCAAACGAUACAAUCGCACCCGAACUGGAUCUGGACCGGGGAUUUCCGGCGUUCGGAUGUUGAUCAUCACGGUGAAACAACUCACCAACAAGUACCAGAUUCUGCUGCUUCCCAUUACCAUGUUCAUCGGCGUGGAGCAGGCGUUCAUUGCAGUCGAUUUUACAGCGUCAUUCGUCGCUUGCGGUCUCGGCAUCAGCUACAUCGGUUACGCAAUGAUCAGCUUUGGAUUAGCGAAUACCUUUGCUGCAGCGGUCACCCCUUCAAUCACCAAAGCCAUCGGUCGCUUCCCGAUGAUCAUCGCGACGGCGAUAUUCCACCUAUCGUUGAUUGUGUUCAUGUUGCUAUGGAAACCUACCAAUGACUACUAUGCCUACUCGAUUAUCGUCGCCUGCUGGGGUUUGGCGGAUGGAGUUUGGCUGAUUCAAAUAAAUGCAUUGAGUGGGAUUCUCUUCCCCGGUAACGAGGAGGCUGCGUUCAGCAAUUUCCGCCUGUGGGAAGCGACUGGAUCGGUGAUCAUGUACGCAACCAGUCCGAUACUGUCGACCUUCACCAAACUGGUCGGAAUCGUGUGCAUUAUGCUAAUCGGAACCGUUGGGUACACGACGAUUGAGGUGAUGGAGUAUCGUGUCAAGAAAAGUGCCGCCGGGAAACGAUUCGAAAUGAUACAUCAGCAGAGCUAGGGAGCAAUUGGUGAGGGUUUUGUUGAGAUGAAUUCUACGACUUUUUUAGAUAUUUCCAGCAUGCAAAGAGACCGGUUUGAAGAGCGUGGUAGUUAUUUAUUUAUGCAACAUUAAUGCAUAAUGAGAAAU